AUGGCGCAGCUGCGACAAAUGGUCAGCGGUCCGACGCCGCCCGCCCUCCGAUACUCGACCUUGCCGCCGCCACCCAUGACAGAGCUCGAGUUCUACGCGGCGCUGGUCAAAGACCCGAAGCAGACGGCUGCUCGGCUGCCGACCCUGCUGACCAACAAGAUCCGGCGAGGCAUUCCGCCGCCGCUGCGGGGCGUGGUUUGGCAAAGCUUGGCGGGCGCCCGGGAUAGCGCCCUGGAGGAGCUGUUUGAGCGACUGUCGGGCGAGUCCAGCCCGUACGAGGGCGUCAUCAGCAAGGACUUGGGACGGAGCUUCCCUGGCGUCGACAUGUUCAGAGACCCGGACGGGGACGGCCAGCGGAUGCUGGCACGGGUGCUGAAGUGCUUCAGCCUCUACGACACCAAGAUCGGGUACUGCCAGGGGCUAGCGUUCCUCGUGGGGCCGCUCCUGAUGCACAUGCCGGACAAACAAGCCUUUUGCGUGCUGGUCAGACUAAUGGAAAACUACGAUCUGCGCCAAUGUUUCGUUCCCGACCUCUCCGGGCUGCACAUCCGAAUCUACCAAUUUCGCGAGCUGCUGCGACAAGAACUGCCCGCUCUGUCGGCCCACCUGGACGACGAGUUGCAAGUUGAGCCGGCUUAUGUUUCACAAUGGUUCCUGUCCUUCUUCGCCGUAACCUGCCCCCUGCCGAUGCUGUUUCGCAUCUACGAUGUGAUCUUCGUCGACGGCUCCGACACCACGCUCAUGCGGGUGGCGCUAUCGCUUAUGCGCAAAAACCAGGCGCGCAUCCUGGCCUGCACCGAGCUGGAAGACGUAAUGCAUCUGCUGCUGUCGCGGGGGCUCUGGGACUGCUACAAUUACAACGCCGAUGAGCUCGUCAACGACUUUGUUUCCCUGUCCGACACUGUCACGCGCGAGCGAAUGAUAGCGCUCGAGCAGGGGUACAGGGACGCUAAGAUUAGCUCGGGCGCCAAUCACCGUGGGACAAGCGCGGCACAACCAUCGGCGGAUGUCACCACCGCCGCCUCCCGCUUUCUGGGACGCCUAUGGGCUGCCUCGUCGACCCCCAGGUUUGCCACCUUUUCGGCAGCCGCCGCGGCUUCUGGAUCCUCAUCCGUCAGCAACAACCACCACGCGCUCAAUCCGGGACUCGGCGCAGCAACAGCAGCAGCACCGCGCCCGCUGAGCAUGCUCCGGCGCAGCACGUCGAAGCAGAGUCUGUCCUCUAUGGAGGCGGUCUCGUCAUCCACGACGUCGUCGGCCGCCAGUGUGCUCAGCUCCGUGUCGACCGAGGCGACCACAGUUUCGCGCGACAGCUCCGCCGACGAUCCGCCCAGGGAAGCGACGGCGCCGUCCCGCAAACCGACACCUGUCCCCGCAUUUUCGGGGAGCGCCAAUACCUCCAAGGACGGAAGCAAGUAUCUGCACAGCCAGAUCGAGGAUUUGCUCACCGCGCUCAGCGAGCUGCAGCGCAACCACGCGCUGCUGGCCAGUCAGUUGCAGAGAGAGAAGGAGGAGCGCGAAGAGGACCGGCGGGCAGUCCGAUCGCUGUUAGACGGGCUGCGCAGGAAGGCCGGCGCUGACGAUGAGGAGGAUGCAAAUUCGGCCAGCCCAGGCGAGUCCGCAACCUCGCGGGACGCCGAUGACACCAACAAGCCGACGGCAGAGCAGCUCUCCGACCUGCUCGACAUUGUGGAGGUGCGGUUCAGCGAAUCGGCGCUCAGCCCGACGUCGUCGAUUCACGAGACCAAGUCGCAGCUGCGAGACGAGCUGGCGCGGGCAAAAGAGCAACUGUCACAGGAGAGGGCCAGGUGUAAGCAGUACGACCGCAAGGUGCAAGAGAUGGAGCAGCAGAUGGCCUCCAUGAGGGAGCAGCUCCGGGAAACCCAAGCACACGUGCGCAAAGUCCACCAGGAAAAGCAGCGUCUCGAGAGGCAGAUCCACGGCAUGCGGCUCCGGGCGUCUGACACGCCGGCGAGCGCAGACAAGGGCGGCGAUUGGUGGCCGAAGGCAUCAGCCCCCGCGGCGCCCGCCGCUUCUACCGGGCUGCGCGAGCUCAAGCUCGCCCGCAGCAGGUCCACGCCGUCCCAGGCGUCGGCCUACAGCAACAACACCAGCACCAGCAACAACGGCAAACGGACAUCCUCCAUCCUGAGCAUGCAGAAGAAGCCCAGCAGCGAGUCGCUCGCAGCGACUGCCGCCCAACAACAACAGCAACAACAACAACAGCAGCACACCCCCGGCCCCGGCCCGGGCCCCGGCCCCGGCGAAACCGACGCGAUCCUGCUCGAGCUGGUGCAGGCCAAGACGGCCGAGGCGGUCGCGCGCCAGGAGCUGGAGGAGGCCAAGCAGAAGCUCGAGCAGCUGCGCAAGGCGUUCGGCCUCGCGCCCGGCGAGACGCCGCCGCCGCUGACGCCGACGCCGACGCGCGCCCCGCCGUCCGCCGCGGCGGGGGCGGCGGCGGCUGCGAUGGGCGUGUUUGGUCGGCUUACGGGUGCGGGCGCCGGUGCGGGCGCGGCUGAGGCCGGGGGUGGGAAUGCCUCGUCUGCUGGGGGCGGUGCUGGUGGUGGUGGUGGGGGUGGGUUUUGGGGGUGGAGGAGGUGA